AUGCAUUUUUCAAACAUGAAUAUUCAACAACUGGAUUUUCGCGUAAUGCAGUCGAGACCUCUUUCGCCAUCAGAAGGAUACGAAAACUUAGUCGCCAUCACCAUCGACAUAAAAUCUGACCGGUCCACUCCGGUUUAUCCACCCGUUCUCAUCAACAUCAGUCUCCAUAGUUCAAGUCCCCGCUACAUCUUCCAACAACUUGUCAUGGAACAAGAGACUCAAGAUACUAACCAUCUUCGCUUAUUAGCAUAUUUAGCCGAACAGAUCUCAACAGCUGCAACCUCAUUAGGUUUUGGACACAACGGUUUUGUCAUGGAAAUAGACUACAAAGUUGUUUACGUGGUGGUUAGGUCUGGUCAUCCUCCUCUAGACGAGUCGGUAUCGUUGAGGGCUUCCUUGUUGAGGUUGGUUCUAUCAGGGAGUGUCGGAUAUAGAGAGGAAACCAAGGGUUUGAAGAUGGAAACAGGGCCGUGUUCUAUAUGUCUCGACAAUCUCGUCGUCUCCGGUCGUUCGAACUCGAAACGUGGUAUCCCUACGCGUAUGACAUGUUCCCAUGUCUUCCACGAUGGUUGUCUCUUGGAAUGGCUUCAACGCAAAAACACUUGCCCUUUGUGUCGGACUGUGCUGUACGAUCGGUCUACGAUUUUGAACAAUGUGGAUUGAAUUAAGGUUUUGAAGAGGA